CAGGACUGUCUCUGCGCCAUUUACGGUCCAUCUGCCGUGCUCAAACAUGGGUUCCACCGAGCGGGAAAGCACCUGCUACAAUUCCGCCUAUCUGGCCGAGUACUACGACAUCUGGACUGGGAAACGCAAUGACACCGCUUACAACGCGGACUCUCUCAUUCGGAUGAUCACCUCGUCCAAGAGGCCAUCUUCUCCGCUGCUCGUGCUGGACGUCGGCACCGGUACCGGCCGCCUCAUCCAGGCGAUGGCUCGUCAUGCAGCAGCGACCCCGGGGGUCUCCCUUGCCAACGUCGAGUUCAUCGGGCUGGACAUCGAGCCGCACAUGCUCGCGCGGGCGGGUGCGAUCAACGCCACCCUGGCGGUCGAGACCGGGUGUGCGCGUAUCACCUGGCUCCAGGGGUCGGCGCUGGAGAUGUCCGCCCUGCCCAUCUUCCACCCGCAGGACCCGGCGACGCGGAGGACCGUCGACCUCCUCACGAUCGGGUUCGGCAGUAUCUCGCACUUCUGCCUCCCGGGCCAGCCGGAGCAGUUCCUCGGGGAGGUGGCCCGACUUCUGACCCCGGGGACCGGGCUGGCCCAGAUCUCCGUGGUGAACAAGCUGCUCGUCGACCCCGAACGGGGACUGGACAAGGAGAUCACAGACCCGUUGCCGCCCAGCGAACAUGCCAGCGUCGAGUUCCCCGGCGUGGUGUAUCGCGAGACGGUGACGGAGAACGGGGUCGAGGGCAACGUGUGGCGCGUGGUGCGCCAUAUCGAGGUCUGGCAGGGUCGCGAGACGCUCCUCGAGCGAAAUCUCGACACCGCGGUGUUUCGCACUCUCGCGACAGCCGCACCAGACCACGAGCUGGUCAAAGCGCUUUGGUGUCGAAUACUGGAUCUCGAGCCGGACGAUGUGGAAGCCGACUCCAACUUCUUUGCUUUGGGGGGCGAUUCGAUCGAUGCGCUGAAAGUGGCGCGACUGGCCCAGCAGGCGGGGAUAGCCCUAACUGUCCACCUGAUGAUCCGCCAUCCUCGAUUGUCCGAGAUGCUUCUCGCUGCGGCCGAACAACGAAAACAACAACAAGAACAGCAGCAACCAGAAGAUCCUGAAGACCCCGCCUCGUCCCCCGGCGGUCGAUUUCUCCAAAUUCCACCCUCCCGGCAGGAUGAGGUGUUGUUGCAGGCCGUGCAGCAAUGUCAGGUCGCCGAGUCCGCCGUGGCCCGUCUGGUGCCGUGCACCCCGAUGCAGACGGGUCUUGUGGUGUUGACCGCACAACAACCAGACUUGUAUUGGGCGGAACAAACCUUCGAAUUACCCCGCGAGUGGCCCGUGGCGCAGGUUGAAGCAGCGUGGGCGAUGGUGGUCGAGGCCAACGAGGCCCUCCGCAGUCGCAUCAUCCAGCUUCCUGAUGGAACCUGUUAUCUGGCGGUGCUGCAUCCGCAAAUGGUGGCCACGAAGCCGGAGACGACAACAAGUCUCAGUCGAGGAUCUCCCUUUGGGCAGCCUCUGUUUCACUGCUGGGUUGAACCCGGACGCCUGCGGUGGCAUGUGCAUCAUGCGGUCUACGACGCGUGGUCGCAACGUUUGAUCCUGGACGCCGUGGUGGAAGCGUACCGCGAUCCCACCAGUCCCCGGAUCGCCCACCCCCCGUUCUCUGCGUUUGCCAGCCAUCUCGCGCAGAUGGAUCUAGGUCCGUCUACGGACUUCUGGCGACAGUAUCUCCACGGGUUCGAGGGUCAGCCCUUCCCUCGCGCCCUGUCUCUGAACGAGUCCAGAGUCCAGGCCCAUGUCUCCGCCUCGUCUGUCUGGGGCCCUCACCAGCAGCAUCUAGGAUUCACGGCCGCUACCGCAAUCCAGACCGCGUGGGGGAUUGUGCUGCGGCGGUACAGCGAGACAUCAGAUGUGGUGUUUGGCGUGGUGAGCACCGGACGCACCGCGACAGAGAUUGCCGGGGCCGACAUCGCCCGCAUCAUCGGACCGACCAUUGCCACCUUUCCAGUUCGCCUGCGAGUCGAUGAAGGCUUGACCACCGUGGCGGCGUGUCUGACAUCCACCCAAGCGCAACAUGGCGAUUGCCUACCGCACGAGCAUGUGGGACUGGCGCACAUCGCCUCCCUGGGCGAAUCUGGCCCCGCGCAGGCCACGCGUUUCCAGAGUCUCCUCGUCGUUCAGCCCGACGACGACGAGCCCAACGAUAGCAGCCGCCGCCCUAUUCGAGAGGUCUGGGGCGAGCGACGCGACGACUACAUGGACUACCCCUUAUCCCUCGAGUGCUUCCUCAGCCCCGGCGCGAUUCGCCAUACGCUCACAUACACCGAGUCCUGCAUGACUCGGUGGGAGGCGGAGCAACUGCUCGCACGGUUCAUCCACGUCCUCGACUGGAUCGUUCAGCCCGCCAACCAGCACUCCCUCGUCUCGCAGCUCGACCUCUGGACCCCAUCCGACGCCUUCACCAUGCAACAAUGGCAUGCCACUCCCAUCCCCUUGGUCACCGAAUGUCUGCAAACCAUCAUUGAGCGGCGCGCCGCUGCGGGAGAGUGGACCGAGCGUUCAGCGGUAGUGGCGUGGGAUGGCGAGCUGACCUACCGGCAGCUUCUCGCAGUCUCCUGCCAUUUGGCCCAGCAGCUGCAGGCUGCCGGGGUCGGCCCAGAGGUGGUGAUACCCAUUGCGCACGAGAAGUCCGUGUGGUCGGUCGUUAGUAUACUUGCGGUCCUGCAAGCCGGAGGCGCCUUUGUGCUCCUGGACAGCGGCCUGCCGGUGGCGCGCAUGCAGACCAUGAUCUCGGCCGUGAACGGGCCGCUCGUCAUCUGCUCCCAACAGCUGCAAUGCAAAGUGACGGAUCUCGUAGAUAGAGUCUUGUGUCUCGAUCCAGAACGACGGGCGGACUUGCUGCAACGGUCCGCUACAACCACCACCACCACCACCACACCUCUGCCCUCCACUCCCUUGUCGAGCGUCACCGCUGCCAAUGCCGCGUAUGCCGUGUUCACGUCCGGGACGACGGGCAUCCCGAAGGCAGUGGUGGCCGAGCACCGGCAGGUAGCCACCGCGUUCGAGGCGCAGGCCCGGCGGGGGAUGUUUCAGGCGGGGCGACGCAUGCUGCAGGUGGCCACGUACAGCUUCGACCCGUCAAUCGCGGACAUGUUGGGGCCCCUGCUGGUGGGCGGGGUAGUGUGCGUUCCGCGCGAAGACGAGGUCCUCCCGGAGCUGGCUGCCGUCAUCCGCCGGUUCCAGGUGGAUGUGAUCGAUAUCACCCCCUCGGUGGCCAAUCUGCUGGACCCGGCGGAGGUUCCGACGCUGAAGGAGUUGCGGCUGGGCGGGGAGGCUGUCACGGCCGUCCAGCUGGCGCGCUGGACGAGCAGCAGUAGCAGCUGCAGAAGUAGUGAUAGCAGGAGCUCUCCACCGCUCCAGUUCCACAACAGCUACGGACCCAGCGAGUGCUGUGUGACGGCCGCGCUGACCCCACCGCUACAUGACGCGGCCCAUCCGCUGAAUUUCGGGUUCCCCGUGGGCUGUCGGAUGGUGAUCGUGCACCCCGACGACCCCCGCCGGCUGGUGGCGCUCGGGCUCGUGGGCGAGCUGGCCAUCCAAGGUCCGAUCGUGACUCGCGGUUAUCUCAAUAACCUCGACGCGCAGGCCAAGGCAUUCUGGGAAUCGGCGCCAUGGGAGGAUCAAUGCGCCUCCGGUCCAGACUCCCCCCCCUGGGCCUCGCGGGUCUAUUUGACCGGAGACCUGGCGCGGUUCGCGGCCGACGGGUCGGUGAUCUUCGUCGGGCGUAAGGACCAUCAAGUCAAGCUGCACGGCCAACGGAUCGAGCUCGGGGAGAUUGAAGCGACUGCGCGGAAGCAGGAUGGGGUCGAGGCCGCAGUGGCGAUGGUGAUGAAGACCAAUGGGUGCUCAGAGCUGGUGCUGGUGGCCCAGUGCAGUCCCGGUCGUCCUCUACGUGGUGGUCGCGGCGACCUAGGGCUAGCACUGCAACUCCAAGACCAGCCGGAUCUCCACAACUCGCUGCAACGCCAUCUCGCCGCCCUUCUGCCCGCAUACAUGGUGCCUGCCAUCUGUCUGCUGGUGAACCAGAUCCCCCUCUCACUGACCGGCAAGACCGACCGCAAGGGGCUCCAACAGUGGGUGGAGGGGCAACAGGACCUGUCACGCUGGCGCACAAGUAAACCGACCGUCAGCAUCCCCGCCACCGAUCCUGUCGCCCGCAAGCUGAGCCAGCUGCUUGCUCAAUCCCUCCCAGCACUCGCGUCUGGGUGGGAUCCCAACGAUCCGCCGGAUGUUGCCCCCGUUGCCGCCGGACUCGACUCGAUCCGCAUGGUCUCGUUUGUGCGGGGCGUCAACCAGGCCUUUGGCGUCCGGCUGCCGCUCAGUCGCAUCCCGCGCACGAUGGUACUCACCGAGCUCGCGCACGAGGUGCGUCAGUUGCAGCGGGGCGCGGGUGACGAGACACCGGAGAGACACGCCGCACAGAACCAGGGCGAGGAGUUCGACCUCAUGCUCGCGGAUCUCCAGAGGGGGACGUCCGACGCCAUGGCGCUUGCCAGCCCCCCUUCUCGCGCGCCGUCCUCUACCCCCGCCAAACACCAUGUCUUCCUGACCGGCGCCACGGGCUACGUGGGAACCGCCAUCCUGCACCGCCUGCUGACCGAUCCCCGCGUCCAAACCGUCUACCUCCUGGUUCGCGGGGCCGCUGACGACCCGGCGGCCGGGCUCGCACGCGUGCAGGCCGCCGCCACCACCGCGGGGUGGUGGGACGAGACGCUCCACGCCCCGAAAGUGCGAGUCUGGCCGGGUGAUCUGGCGCGGACGCACCUGGGACUGUCGGAGUCGGCAUGGAGCCAGCUUGCAGGGAGAAGCCGCGGCGCAGAAGAAGACGACGGCGCAGCAGCAGCAGAAGCUGCAGCACCACCUCCGAUUACGGCGAUUAUCCACAACGGCGCCCUCGUGCACUGGCACCGCAGCUACAGCGAGCUCCGCGCCGCCAACGUCCACGCCACGGCGCAGCUGGUCGCGUGCGUCGCCACCAACCCGCACAUCAGACGCUUGGAGUACAUCUCCGGCGGCGCGCAAUGGGAUCCCGCCGAUACGCGGGUGGUCUUUGACUCCGCGACGCUGCGGCACAAGCUCCGCGAGACGAACGGCUAUGGACAGAGCAAGCUGAUCGCCGAGCAGAUUGUUGCUGCGGCGGCGGCACCUCCUCGACCUCGCAGGAGCGAAAGAGGACUCGGCAUCCUGAACCCCGCUCUCAUCAUCGGCGGACCGCGCAGCCACCAUCACGCGGCCAACCUGGAUGACCUGCUUUGGCGGCUGGUGAGUGCGUGCACGCUGAUCGGGGAGUAUUAUCCCGAGCCCGAGCCCGAGGGGGCGUGGAUCUAUGUCUCGACUGCCGACGCCGUGGCGGACGCAGCGGUGGCCGGUCUGUUCGGGUCCUCGACUGCUGAUACCACGGCCACGGUCCACAAAGAAGAACUGCAGACACGGAGAAUGAUGCUCAGCGGGCUGCGGGUGGAUACCUUCUGGGAUGCGGUGAAUGCCGGCCUGGACGAGGAGGACAUUGGCGAUGGCAAGCUGGAGCAGAAGAAAUCCCAAGCACUGAAAAGGAGUGCCACGUAUGCGGCCUGGCUGGCGCGGCUGAGCGAGUCGAUGGCAGCCGUGGGCGAGGCGCAUCCGUGCUGGCCGGUGCUCCAUGUCAUCGAGACGAUGGGCACGGAGCUGCUCAGCAGUCGCAUGCCGCCUCCCUCUGCAUGGGGCCCCGGCGAGACGUGGGAGGAAGUCGAGCGGGAAAUGGCGCGCGCGGUCACGCUCAACGUGCGCUACUUGCGGGGAAUUGGGUAUCUGGACAGGGCUGGGGCGGCUGGAACGGAGAUUACGGGGGGGUUUCGGCGGAGGGGUUGA